AUGAAUAUGGCCAAGAAGAAAUCAAACGCCCCAACGAAGUCUGCUGCGAAGGCCGCAAAGAAAGCAAAGGCGGCACAGAAAGUAGAGAAGAAGGAGAAGAAGAAACAGGGAAAGUCGAAGGAGGAGGCGGAGGAUAGUGAUCAGGAUCUGGAGAGCAUAUUGGACAAGCUCAGAAGGGAAUGGGAAGAUGCGCACAAAGUGACCGAGGAGGUGGUCGAGGGACCUCCCAGCCGUCGUGCAAACGCCACACUCAUACCCUGCCCGAGCGGGAACUACCUGUGGUGCGUAGGGGGAGAAUUCUUCUCCGAAGAUAAGAAGGCCCACUUCUACAACGACGUUUACCGGUACUCCCCCGAGAAGAAUGAAUGGAGAAAGUUUAUAUCUCCUACAUGUCCUGGCCCUCGCUCCGCCCACGCAGCAGUACCCUCCCCCGCAGGUGGUGGAAAGAUAUGGGUCUUCGGCGGCGAGUUCUCCUCCCUUCACCAGACGACGUUCCACCAUUAUCGGGACCUGUGGUGCUUCGAUAUCACUACCCAUGCAUGGGAACGUAUCGAGACUAAGGUCGUACCUUCCGCUAGGAGUGGACAUCGGAUGGCGAUGUGGAAGCACUACAUAGUGUUGUUCGGUGGAUUUUACGACCCAGGUAUCACUACGCGGUACCUGAAUGAUCUCUGGUUGUUUGACACGCAAGAAUACCGCUGGAAACAGAUCGAAUCGAAAGAUGGGGAACGGUGGCCAUCACCUCGCAGCGGGUUCUCGUUCCUCCCGACGCCUGAAGGUAUUCUUCUCCACGGUGGGUAUUGCAAGGAAUACGUCAAAGGUAAACGACCAGUCGGCGUCAUGCUGGACGAUACCUGGUUCCUGCGCAUUACCAUGAACGAAACGACCGCCGCCCCAGACACCGGCAAGCCCACACCGAAGGCGAAGGAGAAAGACGUGCUGCCGCUGACACUCAAGUGGGAGCGGCGGAAGAAGGUGGGGUACGCGCCGAGCGUGCGGAGCGGUUGUACCAUGGCGCUCUGGCAGAAUAAGGGGAUGGGGCUGCUCUUUGGCGGAGUCACGGACGAGGACACGAGCGAGGAGGGGCUAGAGAGCGUUUUCCAUAAUGACCUAUAUGGUUAUCAGCUAGCUGGGAACGGCAGAUGGGUUUCCCUGACCCUCAAGCGACCGAAGAAGCCUGGUGGCAAGCGGAACAAGAAGCCUGCGAAACCCUUUAAGAAGGACGAGAGUGAAGACGAGGAGUACGAAGGGGAAGAAAACGAGGGCGAGGACGCUGAAAGGGGAAAGCCCUCCAACACCCUAACCUCAAACGGCAAACCGAGUGUAGGCUCGAACAACGUUGAUGAAGACGAUGAUCCGGAUGAUCCCAACAAGACGAUCCCCCUUACGAGGUACAACGCGAUGCUGGCCGUGCUGAGGAACACACUGUACAUUUAUGGCGGGAUCUACGAACGCGGCUCGCGGGAGUACACCCUUGACGACUUCUAUGCCCUCCAAGUCGAUAAGAUGGACAGGUAUAUAUGCCUCAAAGAGAAUAACCUCGUGCUUCCGGCAGAAGGUGAAGAUAUCAGCAGCAGUGAGAGCGAAGAUGAUAGUGAUGGGGAGGACAGCGACGAUGAUGGAGACCAGGACGACAAAUCCAACGAGAGUGACAAAGAGGAGAGGAAGAUCGAGGAGGAAGAACCAACCGAGGAAGAAAAGGCGAGUAAUGCCCUACGGUCACAAGCUACCGCCUUCAUGGGCGUGGCGAAAGACGCGACACGCUCACCUGAGGAUAUUUUGAGCACGCCGUUACCGGGGGAAACUUUGGCGAUGUUCUAUGCCCGUUCACGUGAGUAUUGGGCUGGAAAGGCUCAUUCGAGCAGCGAUAAUCGGGGCAAGCUGCUUCGUCGAGAUGGUUUCGCGAUGGCUCAGGAGCGAUACGCGGAGUACGAACCGAUUCUGAAAGAAGUAGAGAAGAUCCUGGCUGAAGCCGGUCUCGACGAAGAGGAAAUGCGGCGCAGUGCUGCAGCGGGAGCCAGUGGUGGGACGGCCGCGGGUCAAAGUCGCAAUCGCCGGUGA